GAUAUCUGAGCGUGUUAACGUUGGAAGCAAUAGUAACAGCAUUUCUAAGUGCGAUUUCGGUGCGAAGGUUCAAGAGAGAGUGAUCUUUGCAAAUUGAGAUAUACAUAAAAACAAGUGAAGUUUUGUUUUGAGUGGUAGAAAAAUUUGAUCGGGGGGGACUAGGAAAAAAAAGAUUGUUUCAUUCGCCGUGAGAAAGGUGAAGAAAGUGAUUGGAAAAAGAUUAGCCCACUGGAAGACACAAACAUACAAAGAAAAAUUGUUGGUGGGAAAACAGUUGUGGCAGCAGUGGUAAAUAGAUUGCAGUGGGAGUUUUUUUUAAAAUUUGUGUUGAAACAAACAAGUGGACACUGCACAUUCAGAACCAGAAGUGAGGUUCGAGCUGAAAAAUGGCGUUUAGUAAACGUGCUGCCCUCGGUGUGGUGCUUGUGGUGGCGACCCUGUUGUCGUUUUGUUCCGGUUCCGCGAUUCCCAUGUGGGAAUAUCUGAGUCGGGGUGAAAAGAUGUCACACCUGUACUCGAUGUUUGCCAAACAGGUGUCGGGCCAUUGCAAAAACUCGCAGGACAUGCCGACGAAUAUGUGCAAACGGAACCUGCUGAUGUACGGCAUCAACAAGCUGCAGGAUAUGAACGAGUCCCACUUGGACUCGAUGGACCCGUACCAGCGAGGUGCCCAUGAUAUAAUCUGGGACGCCAUGAUGGACGGCCACACCAUGAAGGGUAAAAAGAAGAACCACCCAACGACGCAAGCUCCAGCGCUGAUCGUUCGCGGCCAGUACGAUCAUAAUCCACUGUUUGAUGAACCGAAUGGCCAGCAGAACCGAAAACAGGACAGCAACGGUGAUUCGUACGGAAUCUACGACGAGUACAGUAAUGCUGCCUCGGCUCAGGAUCUGCAAUUUGCCGCACCGCAAAACAAUCGGCCCUCGGUAGGAAGCUCAGUUUUCGACCGAUAUCAGGGAGCUGCUUCGAUGAACUUUGACAACCUUGCCCCGGUUGAGCAGAACACAAACUUCCUGUCCGGCCCGAUGGUGGUUCGUCUGCGUCCCGAUGGAACCCCAGUAGAUGAAACUCAUCACUCGACGCUGCCCAAAGACGACGAUAUCAAGGAGAUGACCAUCGGUCAGGAAAGGAUGCCGACCUUCCACCAGAUUUAUGCUAAUCUGAAGCACAACGAGGAUGCCCACGAUCAUCACGGGUUACCUUCGACGACCGAGACAGCGACUCCGUUGUCUGCCACAGGAUUCUUCAAAACCUACCGGACGGAGUACAGGCUGCCAAAUUAAUCUACGUGUAGGGUGGCGAUUUCCAUUAAAUCCCUUUGAUUGUGAUUUUAAUUAAGUGUGCUAAUUUUAACAAAAAAAAAAAACUACAGGACUCACGGUCACUCCGACAAACAUGACCCAACAAAAAAAAACAACGAAAACACUACGGUACAAAGGCAAAAGGCUUACCAAAAGCUGUCGAAUCAAGCCGUGACGACGAGAACCGCAAUAUUAUUAGUUGUUAAGUGUAAAACGUAUCCGCAAGGAAAUACCGCAUAAUUUGCCAAAAUUUUAAUUCUAUAGAGACAUUCGUUCCCCGGGUAGUCCCAAGUGGCAAAGGUUGGACGAGUUGGAAAUCUAUCGAACGAGAGAUCAUCCAAGCAUGGAUUGUUUGCUCGACUCAACAAAUCGUGAUUGAUGUACUUCCUGAAACACUUCAAAAGAAGCCACUCGAAAACCGUGCGCCUUGGGACAUGCGAUCUCUCUCGUUAGGAGGCGGGGAAAUGCAACACCGACAGACAUUCAUUUAACGCUAAUAUAUUUAUUACAAAUCAUUGUCAUUCAUUUUCAUUAUAUUAGUUUUGUUUUCUAUCGCGCAGCGUGCGAGUCUGCGAAACCAGGAGUCAAACAGGCAACCGCAAUGGAAAGUAGUUGCAUAUACAAUUCUUCCGGCGGCACUAGGCUAGGCAGCACGAGUGUGCGGAGCUAUUCGGUGGGCCCCCAUUUUGUCAGACUGCUUGUCCCCCCAGAUGGGGACAAAAACGCAGUGCUGCAGUGCGGGGUACCACGCUUCCCAAAAUAUACUAAUCAGUAUGUAGUAGAAAACGGAAUCAAGCAAAAAGGUUGUGAUGAAUUGGAAAACACUAGAAUACGAUGGAAAUACGUUUCUUAAAUUAUUAGAUGCUUCAAGAGCACAGCUAUUUAUGAGUAAUUUUAAUCAUACAGUAUGUAAUGCUAAUACUACCAUGGUCAAUGUUUUGUUGUUGCUUUUGUAUCAAAUUUUGGAAGCAAACGGAAGGAAGUGAAGCGUGAUUAGUCGUGCGUAGAAUUAGACAGUAACUAACGAACACCGGAAUACUUUCUUCCGACUGUUGGCAGUCAGUGAGAAGAAAUUUGGUACGAAAUUAAUUAGUAUUCCAAAUUGUUUGGAGAGUUAAAGAAUUUACUUAUUUGUUAAGGAUUAGAAGAUAAAUGGAUGCUUUUGUAAGGUUGAACAAUUCUCACAGUCACGUCACUUAGUGACUUGCCUGGAAAUAUCUUUCUUGACACUAGGGGACGUGACUGUGAGAACAGGGCCCCUGAUUUGGUUUCGGCUGUAUGUGCUACAAGGGCCACAAUUAUGAUGCAAUUGGGAAACAACAAAAAACUGUACGUCUACGAUGUCAAUUUCGUUAAUAGUUUGUAGGAAAAGCAUGAUCAGUAACAAACACAAAGUAAGAACCAAGCGAAUGUGAUUUAAUUGAUAUACUUUUAGACAUGUAAGCAAAUGGGCGCAUCCAUGGUUCCGGUUGCGCGGAUUUUUUUUCAAUGCCUUUUUGUAUGAAAUUGAAAAUGUUUGUAAAAAUAUCACAUAUGAUAUGAAAUCAAUAAAUUGUAUUUAUAAAAUAA